GUGUACAGUCCGGGUCAAUAAAACUUCUGUUUGAUCCAUCCAAGACUCACAAUCCCUGACUGUACACUUAACCAGUGCUUCGGUAUCGAUCCGUUAAAGAUACACGUUAUCACACUUUUUACCUGUAUCGCGUGUUUUAUUUUAGAUCAGGAAAUAUGUUUAAAGUUAAACAUCUGAACUUCGCUUUAUCGGCUCUGCUGGCGCUCGUGUUACUGUCUGAUAACACAGAACAAUCUGAAUUCUGCAAUGAAGCUGAAAACUGCGAUCUAUGGACUGAAACACCUCACAAGAGUCCUACAGAUGCUGUAGUAACAUAUAAGCAGUUGAAACACAUGUUAUCCUCUGGAAGGGUCCAGCUCUUUGAUGUGCGUGAACCUGAUGAGCUUGAAUCAGGGUUUAUUUCAGGGGCCGCUAAUAUUCCACUGGGAGAGGUGGAUCAGGCCCUAAAACUGAACCCAGAUCAGUUUAAAGAGCGGUACGGAGUCCCAAAGCCUUCGACAGAGGACACAGACUUUGUACUUUAUUGCCAGAGAGGACGCCGCAGUCUUGAUGCACUGGAAACAGCUUGGGCUUUGGGCUACACCAGGGCUCGACAUUACGCUGGUGGAUAUAAUGAAUGGAUUCAAGCCGAGUCUGAACUUUAAACGGUCUGAACCUGACCAUGCACAUUGAAACACACAUCAUGACUGAAACUUCAACAGCCUUUGAGCAUUUCAAUGGCUAACUACAUAUAUCACAGAUGUGUUCAUAUAUUUUUUCAAAGCUUUAUGUUUAUGAUAUUUGGUUGUGAAGAAGAACUGCUGAUGAUUGAGAGUUUGACAGCUCAUUGUGUGAAAGAUCAUUCUGUGAACUUUUAAGUUGAUUUUUAAAGAUGUGAGCUUUUUUAUAGAUGGUUUAUAAAAAUAAAUGCUCUAAUUUAUUUAAAAUGCUCUAAUGUCAUUCUUUAAAAAACAGCAUUGUUUGUUUCAUAAUUUAUUUUUAGUAUAAGUUGUUGGUAGAUGUUACAGUUUUAAACACGGACAACAAAGUGUCUUCUUGCGUUAUAUUGACCUCCUCACAGAUCUUCUGUGUGAUUUCCUUUAAGAAGAAGAUAAAUGUGUUGUGUUAUUAGCCUCU